AUGGGCUUUCAUCAGCCCCUAGGUGCAUGUUUUAAUAAGCUAUUGACACCAGUUUACUCCACUUUGAGACAGAAAGGUCACCUAAAUGUUGGUUACAUAGACGAUUCCUACCUUCAAGGUAAAGACACCAAUGAAUGCCUGCUAAAUAUCUUUGAUACACAAACAUUGUUUACACUUUUGGGGUUUGUGAUAAAUGCACAGAAAUCAUCCGUCAUUCUAGACCAGCGAAUUACAUUUUUAGGCUUUGUCCUUGACUCUGUGUCAAUGACAAUUACCCUCACUGAUGAGAAAAAAGCUAAAGGGAAAGCCAGUUGCCAAGCAAUGCAACAUAAACAUGAAACUACUAUCACGGAGCUGGCCCAAUUAAUUGGCACACUGGUCUCUAACUUGCUCGAAGUGCAGUUUGGGAGACCUCAUCACAGAAACCUAGAAAUGGAGAAGAACUUAGCCCUCAGGGAACAUAAGGGCAACUAUUAG